UUACACGUGCGUAUUUGUGUUGUCCCGCUUUCCUGUAAACAGAGACAAAUAUAAAAGAGAGAAAAAAUCACUCCCUGUAGCGCCCCUGCUGACCUCUUUGGUCCACAUCUGUGAGAUUCGAUGCUGAUUGAGCAGCGCGCUGAUAUUUAACCACACGUGUGGCUACAAAUCAGCGUGAUUAACGUGGCUACACGAUUCAAACGGACGCUAAGAAGUGGUGGAGGCUCAAAGAACAGAUGUGCGUGUGCCUCCAGCAGCUUUUUCUUAAAUAAAUAACCCCAGUAGCCCCUACAUUGAGGACGAGCCAAGCUUUGGGAUUGGACAGCGACCAGAUAACGUAACACCCCCUCCUUCACUGUGUGGAGAAUUGCUUUAAAAAGACGAGGAAAGGCCUGCGCGCUAUCACUUCUGCAGGAUUGUUGUUCAUUUUGGUUUCCAGGUUUAAUUUAGCCCACGGAUUAAAAGAGGACGCGUCGCUGACUGGUGAAUGUGUUUAGAAUGGGACUCGCUGAAGGUCCAGUCAAAGAAAAAGACAGUUAAGGAUGCAGGAGCACAACAAUGGAUUUCUCCUUCUCUUUCAUGCAAGGGAUCAUGGGAAAUACAAUUCAGCAACCCCCUCAGCUCAUUGACUCAGCCAAUCUCAGACAGGAAGGCACCUGUGACACCGGCAGUGACCCGGGCGAGGAUGGCGGUCCCUCCUACGAUGCUGCCCUGGAUGCAGACUUCUACCCGCCAUCAGGUUCAGAGGACAUGCAGCAGGUCUCCAACGGCUUUCCCCCAGGUCUGGGCAUUUACGAGCCCCAGGCUAAGUUUUCUCUGUACUCGCAGUUUCCCAACGGCUCAGCCAAUGGCUACGGGGCCAUACGCAGCUACAGCGAACACGGGCUCAUCCCAGGGGAGGGCACCGUCCUGAGAGGCCCCGGUCUACAGGACAGACCUUUGUCCCCGGUGUCUCCCCCGCUGCCCACUCAUCACCCACACCUUCACCACCAUCAUUCCCAUCACCACCACCAGGCACAGCACUUUCACACAAACACUCCUCACAUACAGACGCACCCUCACCCUCAGAGUCCCCCGCCUCCACCACUGCCAUCCCAGCACCACCUGUCUCAGACGCCUCACAUCAUGACCCACACUCCCCCUGCGCCUCCAUUACACUUGCCCUCCUCCAGUCCGCCACCGUCCCUCGUGGACAGUACCCCGUCUUCUCAACAAUCUCACCCCCCGUCCAACACCCCUGUUGGGGUACUGAAGAAAACCAGCUCUCCCGAGAUCAAACUGAAGAUCAUAAAGACGUACCAGGAUGGGAAAGAGCUGUUUGAGUCUGCGCUGUGUGGAGACCUGCUCCAGGAGCUGCAGGACUCUCACAAGAAGGAGUUCAUUCAGCCGCAGCGCAGACACGAGAGAAAGAAGGAAAAGAGGAAAAGGAGCACAAGGGUGCAGCUGAAAGUCCGGGAACAAAGCCUGGACCAAACAGAGACCCAAACAGGGUCCACGGGCCAGACGGACGACACGCACACCCAAGCCCCGCUGAGAGAAGCACCUUUGUCACAAGUAGAGAAGACAGUUAUCAAAACCGACUCAAAGACACCAAAGGUUCCUAAGCCGUCCGUCAGUCAUCCAUCAGUAAUCCAAGAGACGGGCUUCUGCAAGGAGUUUGUGAUUGGAGAUCUUGUUUGGUCUAAGGUGGGCACCUACCCCUGGUGGCCCUGCAUGGUCUCCUCUGACCCACAGAUGAAGGUCCACACACGCAUCAAUACCAGAGGUCACAGAGAAUACCAUGUCCAGUUCUUUGGCAGUGUCGCUGAGCGAGCCUGGAUCCACGAGAAGAGGAUCAUCACAUAUCAUGGAAAGCAGCAAUUUGAUGACCUCCAGGCAGAGACUCUGCGCAAGGCGUCAAACCCUGUGGAGAAACAUAAGCUUCUGAAGCCCAUCCCCCAGCGAGAGCGGGCUCAGUGGGAGGUGGGUGUGGGCCACGCAGAGGAUGCCUUUGUGAUGACUCGACAGGAGCGAAUAGACAACUACACCUUCAUUUACGUGGACCCCGACCCCACCGACGUCCUGCCCAGCAAGAAACCCAACAUGCGGGCCGAGAAGCGGAGCCGACGUUCCAGCGGCUCCUUCGGCAGGAAGGAAGACGCGGCGGUGAAAUUUCCAGACAGAGAGCUACUCCCACGAAGACAGCUGCCACGCAGACAGUGCAGCAUCACAAACGCAGACAACAGCACAGACACUCAGAGCUUAAACGAGGAAAUCGGUCAGGAGUGUACGACUAUGUCCCCAAGACACAAGACCAAGCAGGACUCUCCACCCCCGGUGAGAGCCUGGAAAACAGCGGCUGCAAGAAAACUCCUGCCGCUCUCCAUCACCAUGAAGAGGCUAAAUGUGGAAAUCACCAAAUGCGAUUGGCCGCUCCUGCAGAAGAAAGCAGCUCCCUCUCCUAAGAAGGACGACGAAGAGGAGGAUGACGAGGAAGAGGAGGGAGAAGCCCGACGGCCUGACCUGGGAUACUGCUCUCCUGAGCAGAACAGCAGAACUAAACCAGAGUCCAGUCCUGGGGAAGAGGAAGACGGUGAUAUAGGGGAGGAAGAGGAAGAAAUGAGGGGAGGCUCCCCCGCAAGUCGGAGGAGCGAGGAGGGAGGGGCCCAGCAGACCUCGUCUCCCGCAUCACACCACAGCAGUCCGCAAGGCUCUCAGGAGAGAAAGCUGCAGCGGCGGUCAGUUAAGAGCAGGUCUGAGUCUGAGCGAGGCAGCGAUCCGGUCCCCAAGAAGAAAACCAAAAAAGAACAGGCGGAAACAGCUCCUGAAACCACACUGAAGACCGGUUCACAGAAAGGAGCCAGUGAGAUUUCAGAUGCGUGUAAACCCCUGAAGAAGCGAAGUCGAGCAUCAACAGACGUAGAGAUGGCCUCAUCGCAGUACAGAGACACCUCCGAUUCUGACUCCAGAGGUCUCAAUGAUCCACAGGGUUUAUUUGGGAAGAGUCUUGAUAGUCCAGCAGCGGCAGAUGCAGAUGCUUCAGAUACUCUGUCUGUGGAUUCAGGCCUGUCCCGUCAGGACAGCAACACUGGAAAGAGAGACACUGUCUGCCAGAUCUGUGAGGUUUAUGGCGAAGGCCUAGUGGUCUGUGAAGGCGACUGCAACAGAAAGUUCCACUUGGAGUGUCUCGGUCUGGCGUCCCAACCUGAGAGCAGAUUCAUGUGUUCAGAGUGUAAGAAUGGCAAUCAUCUGUGUUUCAGCUGUAAAACAGCAGGCCAGGAAGUGAUGCGCUGCUCCGUGGCGGGAUGCGGUUGCUACUACCACGAGGAUUGCGUUCGAAAACUCCCAGGCACCACCAGCAGUCAGGCUGGAAGCUUCAGCUGCCCUCAACACAUCUGUUCCACCUGCUGCCUGGAGAGAGACCUGCAGCGGACCAGUAAAGGUCGGCUGAUGCGCUGCAUCCGCUGUCCGCUGGCCUACCACACCGGAGACAGCUGCAUGGCAGCAGGUAGCGUCAUCCUCAGCCCUCACAUCAUGAUCUGCAGCGGUCACGGCAGCUCCAAGAAGAACGGCCUCCUCAGCUCUCCCAUCAACGUGGGCUGGUGCUUCAUGUGUGCGAGAGGGCUGUUAGUGCAAGACCUUACUGACAACAUAUUAAGUUCAUAUGCCUAUAAGUCCCACUACCUUCUGACUGAGUCAAAUCGUGCUGAGUUGAAAUUACCUAUGAUUCCCUCUCCUUCGUCAGCUACCAAAAAGAAUAUUGGGAAAGGAGGCAAGUUGCUGUGCUGCGACUCAUGCCCAGCGUCCUUCCACCCGGAGUGUUUGGAGAUGGAGAUGCGGGACAGCCCGUGGUCCUGCAGUGACUGCAGGGCCGGAAAGAAGCCUCACUACAAACAAAUUGUCUGGGUCAAACUGGGCAACUACAGGUGGUGGCCGGCUGAAAUCUGCAACCCUCGUCUGGUUCCAUCCAACAUCCAGAGCCUUCGUCAUGACAUCGGAGACUUCCCCGUCUUCUUCUUUGGUUCCCAUGAUUACUACUGGAUCAACCAGGGCCGCGUGUUCCCUUACGUGGAGAACGACAGGAACUUUGUCACUGGUCAGAUCAACAUUAACAAAACCUUCAAGAAAGCUCUAGAAGAAGCAGCGCGGAGAUUUCAGGAGCUUAAAGCCCAAAGAGAAAGCAGGGAGGCUCUGGAGCAAGAACGCAACUCACGUAAACCUCCACCCUACAAGUUUAUCAAGUCAAACAAACCAGUGGGGAAAGUACAGGUUCACGUGGCCGACUUGUCAGAAAUCCCACGAUGCAACUGCAAACCGACGGACGAUCACCCGUGCAGCCUGGACUCACAGUGUCUUAACCGUGUGCUGCAGUACGAGUGUCACCCUCAGGUGUGCCCAGCAGGGGAGAGCUGUGAAAACCAGUGUUUCUCUAAGAGGCAGUACGCAGAGACAGAGGUGGUGAAGACAGACGGUCGAGGGUGGGGACUCAGGACGAACCAGGCUCUCAGAAAGGGUGACUUUGUGACAGAGUACGUGGGAGAGUUGAUAGACGCAGAGGAGUGUCAGCAGCGAAUCAAACAUGCCCAUGAAAACCACAUGUCCGACUUCUACAUGCUCACCCUGACCAAGGACCGUGUGAUAGACGCCGGUCCAAAGGGAAACUCCGCUCGCUUCAUGAAUCACAGCUGCAGCCCAAACUGUGAAACUCAGAAGUGGACCGUGAACGGUGACGUCCACAUUGGACUCUUUGCUCUUUGUGACAUCGAGGCUGGCACAGAGCUGACGUUCAACUACAACCUGUACUGUGUGGGCAACAGGCGGACGUCCUGUCACUGUGGAUCUGACAACUGCUCUGGAUUUCUUGGGGUGCAGCCAGUGAGUGCUGUGGUUCUAGAGAAAGAAGAGAAAGCCAGGAACGCCAAGCUGAAGCCGAAGAAGCGGAAGCUGAGACUGGAGGGUAAACACGUACACGAGUACUUCUGCUACUGCUGCGGAGAAGGAGGGGAGCUGGUCAUGUGCGACAGGAAGGACUGUCUGAAGGCUUACCACCUUCUGUGUCUCAACCUCACAAAGCCGCCAUACGGGCGUUGGGAAUGUCCGUGGCACGACUGUACCGUCUGUGGUGCUCCGGCUUCAUCCUUCUGCAAUUUCUGCCCUCGGUCCUUCUGCCAAGUUCACGAGGCAGGCGCCCUCACAUCCUCCUCCCUGGAAGGCCGUCCCUGUUGCUCCAGCCACGACCCCCUCAGUCCUCUGGGCUCCACCCAGAUACAGCACUCUGCACCGAGCCCCAUCGGAGUCGAAACGGAGCCUGAGACGGGUGAACCGGCUGCGGAGUGACUCUGCAGCUUGCUCAAUACCUCAUUCCCUGCAGUGUGUGCUGGUGUAGCCCGACCCCCGCUGCCCCUCUCCCCCCUGGGCCUCAGUCCACCGUUGAUCCAAGACAGUGUACUACUGAAGGGAAUCUAGUGCUCUGUGACCAGUGUGGUGGCUGCUGAUCAGCACUAAAAGACCCCGACUGAAGUGUCGACACCAAGUGACCAGGCAUAACUGUGUGCCAUUUCCCUCCUCUCUUGCCAUAAAGCACUAUCACUAGAUUUUUUUUUUGUUUGUUUUCUUACACUUUCCCAGCAUCCAUCACAAGACUCAGACUUUUUUUUCUCAGCUGAGGAAAAUCUCUUUUGUGUUGUCACAUCGUCUGUCACCUGCACUGGGGAAAGGAUUGUCAUGUGGGAGUGGAGGGAAUCGUACGGCUGAACUUCUCCUCCACUGCUGCUUCUCGUUUUGUGUUUACCUGCUGUAAGUGCUGACCAGCGUCUCUAAAAAAGCCAGGAUGGCUUCAUGGAAUUGAACCUUUUUUGGGCUAGAAUCUCUCCGCUUCACGAUCUGUCAGAAAAUCUCUUUCUCCGACUUCAGGAGGGGGAAGAGAAGAAAGGGGGAGGGUGGGAGGAUGAGGGCCAGGGAAUCGACUGUUUUUUGUGCAAUUCUUUUAAGGACCACACUACAUUCCAACCUUCUUUAAACAUAAUUUUAAUAUACUUCUCAGUAUAGAUGAAUAUAAUUAUAUACAGUAUAUAUGUUUGUUAAUGUUUACAGACAGAUUCUCUCACUUCAUCUCAGUGAGUGGUGUAUUAUGUUUGUUUGUUUAGGUGUUGAACAUUACACAGACCUGUGAAAAUAGUCCUAUUAAGGUGAACUAUAAUGGUAUAUAGUGUAAUGGUAUGACAUUACAGACGUACUUGUGUUCUUCAUAUCAACAGACUCAUCCAGUGUGUACAUAAUUGGCUCAUGAUAUUGUGAAGUACUUAAAGAGCAGAAGUGUCUGCCUGUUCCUGGAUGAAGAAAACACACAGAUUUAAAAAAAAAAAAAAAAAAAAAAGUAUUUUUUCCCCUCGCCUCUCUAACAGAAAUGGUGUUUUCACAUUUCCACCAAAACGAUCUACAGUGAUUUGUAUCCUAGAUGGAGGAGCCCAGCCUUUGUGACCACUGGUGCUGUUUUAAAGUAUUGUGAACCAGCCUUAAGUUCAGUUGUGGCUGUAGCGUCUACUGCCCAGAUGCAGUCUCUUUCAGUUAUGCUGUUUACUGUGACCACGUUUGAUGCUUAACUUCCUACUUUUUAUUUUAUUUUUUUUUUUCAUUCUUUAGGUUGGUUUUGGUCUUGCCAAACUUUUCUGAAAAGCACUUUCUCACAGCUUGUCGCUCGAUAAUUUAGAUGGGUCAAUGUAUAUUAAAAGAACAUAAGACAAGUGUUUAAAAAUGGAUACCUCUUCCUCUUCUUCUAAACUGUGUUCCAUUGUUAUUUCCUCUCAUCACAAAAGUGGUGAUUGCCGAGGCAUCCUUUUGGUGGCCUGAAAUUUUUUCUUUCUUUCAUUAUGUUAAAAAAAAAAAAAACAAUCUCCCCCCCGAAAUGACUGCCAAUCUGGCUUCAUACUAAAAAGCAAAAAGUCUUUAGUGUCCUCCAGAGACACUUGAUUCCACCUGGAAUCCACCUUCAAGGCUGGGCUUUAUAUACAGAUGUAGUUUGGUGUAAUGUACAAACUUCUGUACAGUGUUUUUAAUCACUCAUCUGUCAUUGUUUUGUAUUUAUUGCACCACAUUUUAUUCUGAUUUCAUUUUUCAAACACCAGUAGAGUACUUUGUCUCAUUCUCGCUACCAUAGUAAAAAAAAAAAAAAGACUAUUUAAAAAAAAAAACAAAACAAAAAAACAAAACACACAGAGCUUUUACAUAUUAUACCUGUAUCUAGUUGUUUUCUUAAGUUCGGUGUAAUGAUUCCACAUUCAGUGACAGCUACUUCUCAUCUGGCUCUGUCAUGACACUGUAAAUGGUGUUUUAUAAAAUAGCAGUUCAGUAUUUAAAUGUCAGACCUGGACAUUGUUGGUCACCAUAGAAUGAAGCUUACUUCCUGUUAUGUCUCAGCCCUUUUGCCUGUGAUGUUUUUCUGUUUACGGAAGUGCUUUUUUUUUCGUUCUUUAAACUCCCACAGUGAGUGGGUGUGUAAAUCCAAACAACAGGGUUUAACGUUUUUCAAAUCAAUGUAGAAGUUCAUUGUCUCUCUGAGUUCAUGCAUGCAGAUUUUUUUUUUUUUUUUUUGUGUUAACACAUGCUGAUGAUAGAGCUGUUUUAUUGGGAAGCCAUUGAUCUUUAAUUUAAAAAAGUAAUGGUACAAUAGGUUAGAAUAUAUUAAAAUUGUAAAAAAGAUUUCACCUUGCUAGGCUCCCCUUCCGUAGCUCCAUGUCCCUAAAAGGGCCUCACCCCCAUAUUGGCAACUAACCUGCAUUAAAUGUCAGUUUCUUUCAGACUCGAAGGUAUGAUAGAUAAAUGUGGGCAGACUAUUAUUGUACAAUAAAACAAAAACUCAACACUCUUACCAUUAGAAAUGCAUUAGCCCGUCUGUCGUUUAGACCAGUGUUUGCCCUUUUUUUUCUGAGGACCCAUAUUUUAAAAGUCACAAACCUUUGCGACAAGUCAAUAGAUGGUAUUGCUAAACUCUUGGAAAACAUGACGCAAGACAACCCAAGAAAAAAAAACGCUCUUGCCACCCACCUGAGGGUCGUGACCCUCCCUUUGAGAAACAAUGGUUCAAUAAUUUUUUUUCUUUUUCAGCGUCCAACCUGCACAGUUGUACUGGGCUUAAAUUCUAUGUAGAACACAGUAUGACCUCCAUAUACUCAUGUACAGGUGUAGCUCUGCCUUGACAUGUUUGGACAGCAAACUGUCUUUUACAUAUAGGUUGACUGAUCACAGCUGGUUGGAACAUGUCCCAGUAUCAUCAGGAAACACUUUCCAUUGAAACAUGUCAUGGUAAACCUACCACUCUGUGUGUCAAUAAGAAACCCAUGGGUGUUGUAUUUAGUCAAACAUUUUUGAAGUAUUACGUUUUUUCAAAUUAUAGACAAAAAUACAGAAAUGUAGUUGGACGAUUGUUUAAAAAGACUGAACUCAGAUUGGCUCAAUUUUUAAUUUUUUUUUUUAUAAAUUCUGUACAUGUUUUUUUGCACACAUUUAUUGCAUUUAUAUUUUCAAAGUUUUCUACUUAUUUUUAGUAUUAGCACCUUGCAUAUAGAUAUGUAUGUAUUUUUAUUUUAGACAUUAAACAAUUUUGUUUUUGGUAUUUUCCUGGGAGUUAAAACAGAUCCCACCGAUUUUUCCAAGUUAAGUGCAUUUUCCAAUGUUGGCCAAUCUACUUUAUUUCUGUUUUUUUUUUUUUAAUCAAUCAAUGGAUAAAAAGACAUUUUUACUUUAAGUUUAACUCAACUUGAAUUUUCUAUCCAAGUAAUUGAAUGGAGUAUUUUCAUUUUUGCAGAGGACUCAAAUAUUAGAUCUUUCCGGCUGCAGGCGUUCAUGAUUCUUGUGUUUGUGGGAAGAUUUAAUCAAAAGAAAAUUGUAUUAACAUUUAUGAUGGGUUUGUAUUUCUAUUUUUAUGGGACAUUUCACUGCAGAUACCGGUUAUUUACGUUGCCUUUUUCGAGCAUUUGUCUUGUACAUCCAUAGAAUGUUGUAUCGACAUAAUGUGACAAGAACACGCCCUUGAUUUGCCGCCACUGAUCACCUGAGCGACUUACUUUGUGCCAAUUUAACCUUUUCUGCCCCCUUCAGGUGACAAAGCAUCAAGUGAGUUUGUCAGAAACUUUGAUGUACGUGUUCUGUUUCUUUGUUCUCAGAAUAGUUCCCAUAACUGUUGAUUUGAUUUUUUUUUUUUUUAAAUCAUGCUUGUUAUUAUUUAUAGAAAUCAUCUUUGUUACGUUUUUGGUGAGUACUGCGCAUUUUAAAGUCGAAACAUUCUUGUAUGUUAAAGACAUUUUCUUUCCUUGUGUCUUUAUUUGUGCAAUGUUGCCCAAAAGUCAAUUUUUCUUUGUUUGUUUUGUUGAAAUGUUGUCAAUGCAGAACUAGUGUUGGAAUAGAUGAAUGAAAAGCACCAGAAGCACUCAUUAUUUCCUUCUUUUUGUAGUGGAAUUGCUUACAGUAACUAACUGGGUUCAUAUCUCUCUCGUGUUGUUGCUUAAAGUAAAACAUGGAUGAACACAAGAUAUCAUGAAGAUUACUGUUCAACCUGUGUUACUACAUAAUGCAUAUUGUUGAGAAACUUGUAAAUAGUUUGCAUUGAACUUGCAUAGAAUCAUGUUACUGUGGCGUGCUCUUUUUUGCUUGUACAAUUUUGCUUCUAAAUGUGUGUGACAGUUGAGACGACACUCUUUUUGUACAUGACUUUGUCUUUUUAUUUGAGAAUAUUGAUUCUGUCCUUUUUUCAUUCUGAAGUUGAGUUUGAAGAGUUCAGACAUGCCUGAAGUUUGACUUUAAUAAAGCUGUACUCUGUCUCA